AUCGCUAAAGGAAGAUGCAAUUAAAAGGCGACAGGUUGUGACCAUAUCACCAUCAGACGGGAUGGAUUCACCACCUAGACAAGACUCUCCAGUACACUUUUCAAAAUAUUUUACGGAUGAAAACUUACAAAUGAUGACCGAAAUUAUUGAAAACAGUGACGAAGAAAAAAGUGCUCAUGAUAAUGAUGAUGACGACCCAGUGCUUUCACCACCUGAAGUAAACUCUUACGACCCCAUAUUAGCACCAGCACCAAUAAUGCUCCAAUCACCUAAUAUAAUGAGCAAUAUCAGUUCAGGUAUUGAAAAUGAUGUUUCUAUUGAGUCACCAAAUUUCUCGUCAAUUAUAGCUAAAGAAAUUGCCCAGUUGGAGUCUGGUAUAUCACCAGUUCCUACCACACCUCUUUCUUUGCCAGUAAAUUCACCCAUGCCAAUAGAGACCCAGUUAUCAUCACCAAGGCACAGACAGUAUGCAAGAAAACAAGAUAAAGGUCGAUUACGAUUAGUCCAUAAAGAUCAAUGGUUGGAUGUUAUGCGGAAGAAAAAUAAAAAUUUAGGAAAUGCUUACAAAAGUAGGGAUGGGAAGUCAAGAAAUAAGAGAGAGAUGGGGCCGAGUUGUGGAGAGAAAUGUAAGUUAAAAUGUUCACAAAAAAUUACGGAUAUUGAUAGAAACUUGCUUUUUGUAGCGUUUUGGUCUAUGGGAGAUAUAGUUCGCCAUUGGGAUUACAUCAAUAAGUACUGUGAAAAAAUUAAUAAACGUCGUGUUACUACUGAAACUGCAUCCAGAAGAGAAUUUACUCUGCGAUAUUAUUUACCUACAAAAACACAUAUGACCGAUUCAUUGGCUCCAAACAUACAGACUUUGAAAAUACAAGUUUGCAAAACCAUGUUUUUAAACACCUUUGGGAUCAAACAAGGUCUGGUAUACUCAGCAUUAAAGAAGCUUUCAUUGGAAGGUACUGUUGCCCAUGACAAAAGAGGCAUCCAUACACACACCAAGAAAAUCACUGAAGAAAUUAUUGCAAGUGUUUGUGAUCAUGUGAACAGUUUUGCACCUGUGGAAUCACACUAUGUUCGUAAACGGAGUGACAAAGUUUACCUAGAUGGAUCUCUGACAUUUGCUAAGAUGUUUUUGUUGUAUAAGGAUUGGAAUGAUCCCAAAAACCAAAAUAAAGCACAAACAGCAAGGCAAUAUCGUGAUAUUAUCAAUAGCCAUAUUAAUUUGGGAUUCCAUAUUCCCAAAAAAGAUCAAUGCGAUGUUUGUCACGUAUACAAAAACUUACUACGUCCUGUAAGUGAAGAGCAGUUUCAAAUAUAUAAGACACACAUGAGGAACAAAACUAUUGCACGAGAGUUUAAAAUCAAAGAUAAAGAAUGUUCUUUAAAAUCUAAUGACGUCCUAACGGCGGUGUAUGAUUUUCAAAAAGUACAUGGAAUGCCCUAUGGUGAAACAAGUAUCCUUUAUUACAAGCGAAAAUUAACUGUAUUUAAUUUCACAGUAUACGAAAUGGGGAGUAGGGUUGCUAAAUGCUAUGUUUGGGACGAAAGCACGGCAAAACGAGGAGCUAACGAGGUGAGCAGCUGUUUGUAUAAUUAUAUUAAGGAACAUCAUCAGAAGGGCAUAAAAAUAUUCAACUUUUGGUCUGACAAUUGCGGAGGACAAAACCGCAAUCGAAUCGUUUUUGCUGCUUAUUUGCGAGCUGCUAAGGCCUUUCAGGUCACUAUCACUCACAAAUAUUUUGAGAAAGGUCACACUCAAAAUGAGGGUGACAGUGUACAUGCCCUUAUUGAAAGAACUGCCAAGAAUAAAAUGGUAUACACCCCCGAUCAAUGGUAUGCCCUCAUAAGAUGGGCUAAACAAGAUGGACGCCCUUACUUAGUACAGGAAAUGACUACAUCAGAUUUUAUUGAUUUUAAAGCACUGCUUCCAGGAUGCAACUGGACUGUCAACACAAAUCGAGAACGAGUUUUCUGGUCUCAAUUAAGACAGUUGGAAAUACGGCCAGAAUCUACUGAUAGAAUACAUUAUAAAAUAGAUUUCUGUGAACAUGAGUUCAAGUGCAUUAUUGUAAAUAAUGUACUUGAGACUCCCAAAACCAGAUCGAGGAACCGCUUAAGGGAAGACACCAGUCAAAUUUCAGACCCACUAUUACGACCGUUGACUCAAGCAUACAAGGGAAAAUUGCCAAUACCCAAAGCUAAACUUCAGGAUUUAAAAUAUUUAUGUCAAAAUAAUAUAAUACCUUCUAUUUAUCAUGACUUUUACAUGAGUUUGAUAGAGGAUGAUAAUGAUAACGAACAUGACAAAGAUGAAGAAGAUGAAGAAGAAGAAUGAAAAUAUUGUUUAUGUGAUAAUUAUUACGUAUAGAUCUCAGUAUUGUAGUGCUAUUAUUCAAUAAGUAAUUAAAACAUAAAAACGUUGUUGAACAACUUACCAAUGUGAUUAAUAAGUGCCUGAUAUUUCUAUAAACUUGUUUAUUAUUGUUAAUGUGAUCUCAGUACAAAUAGGUAUAUACAAGUAGGUAUAUUAUUGAUUUAUAAAAUAACCAUUUUGUGGAACCUAUAGGUCUGAAAAUAAUACUGAUGUUUCUUUAUAAGAUUGUUUAGAAUUUAUUGAAUACUUAUUUUUUAUAAUUAUUUUUAUUUUGAGCAUGCGUCUUAACUCGAGACGUAAUUUGACCGGAUUUUUAUAUUUUUAGGAUAUGCCAUAUUCUUUAAAUAAGUUCCAUGUGAUUUUUUAAGGUGAAUUUUCGAGGGUAAUCCGCGAAAUUUAAGUGAUGCAUGGUGUCUAAGUCAAAGAUUCUUAGGUGUUUUAGAAACUGGUGCAAUUUGUGCACAAUCCAAGAAAAAAUGAUUUCACACUGUCGCGAAUUUUUAUUUAAAUAAAGUUGUAAUUGAUGGAAACCCUACCUAAGAAUAUUUGCAUUGGCGCCCUGCAUUGGGGUAUGACCCAAAUGUAAGUGCAAACUUUUAUUUAGACUUUAAAAAAGUGUCUGACUGAUUAAUAUUUAAGUUUGCUUUCGAUUUUGUUGAUUGGUACAAUUUUUAUAAAUAAAUAAUUAUGA